UGAUUGGUCCAUCUUUUUCUUUAUUUCGAAUUAUUUCUGGGUUAAUUUUGUAAAUUAUAUACAUAAUAGUGUGUUACUCAGCUGUCCUGUCCUUGACCAGCUACUUGUUCUUCUUCUAUGUCGACAGCCGUGCUAAUAGCCGCUGUUGUCGGCGGUGGGGUUCUACUUUUUAUGCGGCGUUUAUUCCCCCGACGAAAGGUUGCUAAACUGCUUCGGUAUCCAGCUGGCACUAUGCGAGGAAAGACCGUUAUUGUAACCGGUGCUAACAGCGGGAUAGGGAAGGCUUUAGCUGGAGAGCUGCUGAAACUCCAUGCCCGGGUCAUCAUGGCUUGUCGAGACCUGCGGAGCGCUGAAGACGCAGCCCGGGACAUGAAGGAGCAAGCCGGGCCAGAGCAGGGGGAGGUGGUCGUCAAACACCUGAACCUGGCUUCUCUCAGAUCAGUGAGGACAUUCUGUGAGGAAGUCAACAAGGAGGAGUCCAAGAUUGAUGUGCUGGUAAACAACGCCGGCAUCUACCAGUGUCCCUACACUAAGACGGAGGACGGUUUUGAGAUGCAGCUCGGAGUGAAUCACUUGGGUCAUUUCCUUCUCACUCAUCUGCUGCUGGACCUCCUGAAGGCUUCAGCCCCAAGCCGCGUCGUCGUGGUCUCCUCGAAGCUUUACAAGUACGGCCACGUCAACUUCGAUGACUUGAACAGUGAGAGGAAGUACGACAAGGCUUUCUGCUACAGCCAGAGCAAGCUGGCCAACCUGCUGUUCACGCUGGAGCUGGCCCGUCAGCUCCAGGGCACGGGGGUCACGGUGAAUGCCCUCACUCCAGGCAUCGUGCGCACCAAGCUGGGCAGACACGUUCACAUCCCUCUCCUGGCUAAGCCGCUGUUCCAGCUCGCCUCGUUGCUCUUUUUCAAAAGCCCGUUGGAGGGAGCUCAGACGCCGCUCUAUCUGGCGUGCUCCCCGGAGGUGGAGGGCGUGUCGGGGAAGUGCUUCGCCGACUGUGAGGAGGAGGAGCUGAUGGCUAAAGCUACAAAUGAGCAGGCAGCCAGGAAACUGUGGGAGACGAGCAGAAGGAUGGUUGGCCUCGAUAACGGACCGGGGGCCAGUUCUGUGGGGACUUAAGUGUUCUUGGACUAAUCUUUUCUUUCUUUCUUUUUUUUUUGAGCCUCACGGACGAGAGAUGUGUUGUGAAAAAUCCAUUUGCCACCCCGGGGGGAAAAAACACUAAUGAAAUGUGAUAAUUA